UUCUAAAUGUAGCUUUUGAUCAAUAUAACGCAUCUUUGCUGAAUUACUUUUUUUCUUUUUUACCUCGCCUGAUGACUUUUAUUUUGGAAAUAAAACGCUCUUCCGGUCUGAGGUUCAGGCGCGUGCUGAAUGAGCGGUAUGAAGACUCCAGUGAGCGUGCUGCGGCUGCCCAGAGGACCGGAGCCGAACAGCCGAGGUUUCGACCCGACCUCUCCCCGCUUCAUCGCUCUCUGUCCCACAACCCUCCCCUCCUCAUCCUCCUCCUCGGGAAGCGCAGAUGAAGAGGAGCAGCGGCUGCGCGCGGAGCUGCGCGAGAGGUUUCUGCGGACGCUUUUACUGAUGACGGGCAAACGAGUCCGGUUCGACAUGCACGAGCACGUGCGCGUGCACGCGCGGUUCGGCGCCUCGGACAUAGACGUGCUGAACCUGCAGGUGUGUGAUCUGGAGACUCCUCUCGGGGUUCAGAGAGAGGCGCUUCUGAGGAGCCAGGACGUGAUCGCGUGCUCUUUCGAAGUGUGAGAGCGGCUCGUCACCGCGAGAGGGCGCCAGAAGCGCUUUCAUACUUGUUCAAAACCUUUGCAAUGUCAAGAACUGCUUUCUUAAAAUGCAUCUAUUUUUUUUUUCUAAUCACCACUUAAAAAUAAAGGUUCUUGCAGUGAUGCCACAAAACAGUAUUUUUUUGGUUCCUUUUAGUGAGAAAUAAUGUAAAGAACCUUCUGUGCGAUGACAAUGUUUUAACGUUUUAAUGUGUAUUUAGGAUGCUUUCGUUCCACUGGUCUGAAGUUAACGGAUGCAAAAUAACCUAAAAUCUCAAACUGUGUUGCACAGCAUCAGGAGCAAUCUUUAAACGAUUCUGACAGUGUUAGAGAUUAAAACUAAAUUCCAAAACA